AUGGCCUUUGUUAAAGCGUCGUGCUGGAGUGCGACAAACCGUGACGCACGGAGAAGGAUCAUCAACGAGGGCGUUUGUGGGUCGGAGCAUCACGUUACAUUCGGUGGGUUCGGGGUGUUCAACACUUCGCGAGGUUCCCGAACGGCAACGAGUCCGGCUUUGGGAGAGCAGGCGAAAGCCACUGCGAGCGGGCAGAGUUGGUGGCCGCCCCAGGUCAGCGUCGGAGGCUUUGUGCACACGACGAGGCUUCCAGUCGGCCGGGUCUCUGUCCGAAGGCGGCCCCGGAAUGAGGCACCAGCCCUGGCGACGUUACUGUCAAACUCUAGUGAGGAGCGUCCAGCGAGCGGCCGCAGGAUGCGGCGGCGCCUCGCUUCGCACGCUGUGUCGCGGACUGUUCCAGAACGUAACCGAACGUCGGUGUACGAGGACCCCAGUAUGCCGCUCGUAAGGGUAUGUCUGGAGGCAGCGGAUGAGCGCAAAGCACAGGAGCUCACUGCGAUACGUGUGAGCCAUCUCACGUAUGUCACGAGUUUCUUUGUGUUUGCGACUGGUCUGAGUCGCACCCAGAUCUCGGCCAUAGCCCGUCGCAUUGAGGAGCGGGUCGCGGAGGUCCUCUCUCGCAAGCCACUUUCUGCAUCGUUCCGGGGAGUGAACGCUUCACCCCCCGGUCAGAGCGGUUGGGUCACCAUAGAUUACGGUGAGGUUAUUGUGAAUAUUAUGUCGCCAGAGGCGCGUUCCUACUACGACAUGGAUACCCUCUGGGGCCGUGGCGAGGCUGUCGACGUGGACCGAGUACUUGGCGCACAGCAGCUGGAUGCGAGAACGUCGCCAGGGACAUCAAAACCGCUUCCAACAGGAGCAACAAGGGAAGGCGAAAAUGAUGCAUCCGUCUUUCCGGAUGAUAGUGAAUGGGACCUAGAGCCCGGCGCUGAGGCAUCGCUUUUCAGUGAAGACUUUCACUCCGAGGAGCGCACCGAUGCCGAGGAAGACGGAGAGAUCAUCCCCAUCAGCGUCGAAUUGGACACAUCCUCAGAUGAAGUGGAUGUGUGA